CUGAGUUGGAGUGAGGCCCUAUAGCAGUGAUGAGGAGGGGGUCAGACAGUGCCCUGGGCUCCAGGUCAAACUGGAAAGGUAGAGGUGGUGUAGGAGGAACAGGUUUGAGCAGGAACAGUGGUUUAAUUUCAGGCCUGUUGAGUUUGAGAUCUGGCAGAGAGGCCUGGGUGUGAUACAAAUUUGGGAAAUGUUGGUAUAGAGAUGGUCAUUAAAGCCAUGUGGCUGGGGUGGGGUCAGCAUCAGGGCAGUGAGUGUGGAUACAGAAACAGACCAAAGACUGAGCCCCAAGGCACUGCAACUUUGGGAGUGGCUUGGAGGAGAGCAGGAAGCAGCGAAGGAGACUGAGAAAAGGAGCCUUCAGGGAGUAAGAGGAGAGGAAUGCUGUUAAUGAUCUAGAAGCAAGUGUCCUUCAUUUAGAGAGUGUCCAGAGGAGCAAAGUGCACACUGGAUUUACAGGUCUGCCCCCUCCCCUCCCAGGCCUGUACUCCUCGGGAGCAGGAGCUGAGUAUACUUGUCUUAGCAUCCUUAAAAGCAAGGGUUGUCCUGGGUUACAGUGGAGUUUCAGUAUUUUCUUGUUUUUGUUUUGUUUUGUUUUUAAUUUACCCUAGAGUGAGCCCCAUGGCAGUAUAUUUCUAGUGUGUUUAUUUUCUUCCUAAAAUCUGUAACAUAAAAUAAGGUAUAUAAUGUUCAUAGUUAACUUUACCAGUGAGCAUGUCCCCAUGUCUCUUCCACGUCACCCAACUCCGAUCACGGUGCCAUUACAGGGGUCAGUGUCAUUCACGGAUGUGGCUGUGGACUUCACCCAGGAGGAGUGGCAGCAGCUGGACCCUGCUCAGAAGAAGACAUACAGGGAUGUGAUGCUGGAGAACUACAGCAACCUAAUUUCAGUGGGGUAUCACAUUAUCAAACCGGAUGUUAUCAUCAAGUUGGAGCAAGGAGAAGAGCCAUGGAUAGUAGAAGGAGAAUUCCUACUUCAGAGUUACCCAGAAGUCUUAAAAGUUGAUGACCUGAUAGAGAGAGUCCAGGAAAGUGAAGACAAACAUUCAAGGCAAACUGCGUUCUUCAGCAACAAAACCUUGACUGAGGAAAGAGGUAAUGCUCUUGGUAAAACUUUUGAGGUGGAAACAAACCCUGUUUCUCCAAGAAAAAUAUCCUCUAAGUGUGACUCAUGUGGAACAAGUUUAAAAUCUAUUUCAGAAUACAUCACUAGUGAUGGAAGCUAUGCAAGAAUAAAACCUGAUGAAUGUAGUGGAUGUGGGAAAUCACUUCUCCAUAUUAAGCUUGAGGAGACUCAUCCAGGAGAUAAAGCUUAUGAAUUUACUCAAAAUGGGGAAACUUAUUCUCUAAAUGAAGAAAAUAGUUAUCAGAAAAUUCAUAUUUUGGAGAAACCCUUUGACUAUAUUGAAUGCCAGAAAGCAUUCCAAAACAAUACAGUUUUUGUUAAUCACAUGGAAGAGAAACCUUAUAAGUGGAAUGAAUCCGAAAUAGCCUUCCUCCAAAUGUCAAACCUCAGUGUACACCAGAGAUCUCAUAUAGAAAUGAAGUCCUACGAUUGCAAUGAAUGUGGGAAAUCCUUCUGUAAAAAGUCAAAAUUUAUUAUUCAUCAGAGGACUCACACAGGAGAGAAACCUUAUAAAUGUAAUGUAUGUGGAAAAUCCUUCUGCCAGAAGGGAACCCUCACUGUACAUCAGAGGACACAUACUGGGGAGAAGCCAUAUGAAUGUAACGAAUGUGGGAAAACCUUCUACCAGAAGUUACACCUCAUUCAACAUCUGAGAAUUCACUCAGGAGAGAAGCCCUAUGAAUGUAGCUAUUGUGGAAAAUCCUUUUGCCAGAAGACACACCUCACACAACACCAGAGAACACAUUCAGGAGAGAGACCCUAUCCAUGUAAUGAAUGUGGGAAAUCGUUUUCCCAGAAGUCAGCCCUCAAUGACCAUCAGAAAAUUCACACAGGUGUGAAACUCCACAAGUGUAACGAAUGUGGGAAAUGCUUCUGCCGCAAGUCUACUCUAACUACACAUCAGAGGACACACACAGGAGAGAAGCCCUAUGAAUGUAAUGAAUGUGGAAAAUCUUUCUCUCGGUUAUCAUAUCUCACUGUACAUUACAGAACUCAUUCAGGAGAGAAGCCCUAUGAAUGUAAUGACUGUGGAAAAACCUUCUACCUGAAUUCAGCCCUUAUAAGACAUCAGAGAGUACACACAGGGGAGAAACCCUAUGAAUGUAAUGAAUGUGGAAAAGUAUUCUCCCAGUUGUCAUAUCUCAACAUACAUCACAGAACUCAUUCAGAAGUGAAACCCUAUGAAUGUAAUGAAUGUGGAAAAAGCUUCUACCAGAAUUCAGCUCUGUGUAGACAUCGGAGAAUACAUAAAGGAGAGAAGCCCUAUGAAUGUUACAUAUGUGGAAAGUUCUUCUCUCAGAUGUCUUACCUAACUAUACAUCAUAGAAUUCAUUCAGGAGAGAAACCCUAUGAAUGUAAUGAAUGUGGGAAGACUUUCUGCCAGAGUUCAGCCCUUAGUAGACAUCAGAGAACCCAUACAGGAGAGAAAGCCUAUGAAUGUUACGAAUGUGGAAAAUUUUUUUCUCAGAUGUCAUAUCUCACUAUACAUCAUCGAAUUCAUUCAGGAGAGAAACCUUUUGAAUGUAAUGAAUGUGGAAAAGCCUUUUCUCGGAUGUCGUACCUCACUGUACAUUAUAGAACUCAUUCAGGAGAGAAACCCUAUGAAUGUAAUGAAUGUGGGAAAAAAUUCUACCACAAAUCAGCCUUCAAUAGCCACCAGAGAAUUCACAGAAGAGGAAAUAUCAAUGUACUUGAUGUGGGAAGCCUUCUGUGAGGUCAGACCUCAUUUCAUGUCAGAGAACCUUCACAAAAUAAUAAGAAAAUCCACUGGAAUUAACACCAUUGUACUUCAGAGUUCACACAGGUGAAUGUGGCAAUGCCUUUGUGCAUUAGUCAGAUUUGUAAUCUGAAAACUCAGAGCUUAGAAAUGACAAGUGUAGUAAAACCUUCAGCAAGACCACACAACUAAUUGGAUAGCAGACUAUACAGGAGCAAAAUUGGAUAUAUGCUUAGAAUGUACAUACAUUUUCACUAUGGAUUCAAAAUGUUAAGCAUUUUGAUUCUUACCAAGGAGAUUAUCAAUUUAAGGAAUAUAAAAAACAUAUUCCUCUGGAUAUUGUUAAUACUACAAGAUGUAUUUCAGAUGUAAAAUCAAGUUUUAUAAUUAAAACAGAUCAUCUCUGCUGUGACUAGACAUGUUCCUAUUUUGUAUAUAGACACUGAGAUCAGGAUAAUUAAAACAGCAACAUUAAAUUCAUAUACAAGCAUUUCCUAAGGUAUAUAGGACUAUGACUUGUUUUUUAUUAGUGUAUCACAUUACAGAAUUGUUUGUUCAGUGUGAACUACUUUGGAAAAGGCAGUGUGUCCUUACUGGAGUAAUUUGUAAUUCAUAUGUUAAGAUUAUACUGUAAAUUUAAUAGUACCCCAUGGUAAUACCUAAUGUACAUUGUCAUUGAAAUAAUAUUUGACAGGUAUAAGGUCAAAUCCUAUAUUUUAUAAUAUAUGUGUUUGGCUGUUAUUAAUGAACUGGACCUUCGUAAAGAAUCCCUGUGUUUUUUGUUUUCAACUGUAAGUCAGCAAAAGAAAUACAGAUAUAUGUGCAUAAAAUAGAUAUGCAUAUAUAUUUUCAUCAAGCACUGUAAAUUGGUAAUGUCAGAAGUGAAAUGCCAUGAAUGGAAACCAGCUAUAGUUCUCAAAUAUUCAUGUUUAUCUAUUGUCUUUCAUUUAUCAUAUUUUUAUUUGGAUACAUACCUAAGUGUAAGUGGGUAGCAUACAAAUACUGUGUAACAUAGGAAUUACUUCUAUUUUUACUUGAUAUGAUAGUGCUUUUAAACAUUGUGCAUUACUCCUUUCCAUUCCUGAAUUAAUCAAGAAUCCAUUAAGGUGGGUUUGUGGCAGACACUGCUCAGUGACGUCUCUCCCUUGUCACUCCCUCCUUAUUGUGUACUGGGAGGGUUUGGUAUCUGCUCCUCCUGACAGGACUCUGGAUAAAUCCUUUUUAGUUUCAAUCUAUAAUGAUAACUCCAUCCUCAUUGCCAGUGAUUGAGGUGGUCCUAGUACCCAAUUCUAACCAGAUAAGCAAAGGAAUAUCUGAUAGGUAAUUUCUGGAAACAGUGUCCUCAAAGAUUCAAGGAAUCAUGCAAGAUGAGUGGGCUCUUACCUUCUGGUGAACAUUUCCUGGUCUAGAUGUGACUGAUGCCUGGUUGUGUCUUUCAACAAUGAAUUAUAGUAGUUUCAGCAUGGCAGAACAGAAAGAUCAGAAGAAUCUGGACCUGAAGGAUGUCACUGAGCCACCAAACCAACCAGCCUUGUAGCCACUCAGCCUCUGGACUAUUUCGUGAGAGACUAAACUUAUUUUUUACCAGUUCAUUUAGGGUGCUCUCUUAGUAAUCCCUGAAGACAUUAUAACUGACACAAAGUUACACUUUUGUAGGAAUUAUGCAAUUCAGAAGAGGACUUUGGGCAAAUCAUUUAUUUUGGCUGUUGAUAUAAAGAUCUGUCUUAUUUUCUGUAAAUUUUGAUGUAAAUAGUUUGAACAUUAGAAAUCAGCUUGAAAUAAUGAAAUGUGUAUGCUCCUCGAACUGUCAUAUCAUUGGCCUAAGAAAUUAACGUUUGGAACCUGACAUGUCAGGUAGCCUCCCUUUUUAUAAAACAUGAAAUAAAGUUUUGAGUUAAUUUAA